GCUGAAGGGGAAGUGUAGAAGCCCCACCCCAGAGAGAGGGUCCCCAAACAAUCCAGAUAUGUUGUUUUGCUGUUCCUGCACUGCCCAGAUUUUCAAGUGACUCCACAUUGCCACUCAGAGGAGCUUGAGAGUCAGGUGCUUGGCUGAGGGGAACAGAUUCAGGUCCAUAGAGGACGGGGGUCCAGGCUUUCCCAGGAACCAAGCUAAGGAUCACUAGUGAGGAUGUGGGAAUACUUCUGCUGUGAGACCCGGGGCACUUCACUAUAGGUGGGGUCCACUGACUGGGUCUCAUUGGGUUAGAGCAACAGGAGGAUCUGUUGUUAGGCUCAGGCUUCAGAUGAGAGGAAUACAGUGGGUGGGGUCCUUUAGGGAUGUAGAGGAAGGGGAGUUAUCCCAACUCACAGAGAGGGUCCCAAACUUCCAGAUCUUUCUCUCUUGUCAGCCCUGGACCACACAGGGGCCGAUUUGUUAGAAUGAGCUGCAGCCUCAGUCAAUCCAGGAAAUAGCAAGUUGGACAGAAGGGAACAGAAUCAGGUCCAUAGAAGACUAGAGAACAAGCUCUGACAGGGACCAAGGUGUUGAUCCCUAGGGAGGAGGGAGGAGCCUGGAGAAUUCCUUUGCCCUCCUACUGCCAGCCCUCAGAGACCUCGUGCACUUCGCCAGAUAAGACAUACACUCACUGCCUCCACUUUGGUUCAGAACUACAAGAGGUCCUGUUUUGAGCUGUACAUUUCAGAAGGAGAUGCAGAAUUCUCAGGAGAGGACCCCUUUGUCCUCCCCGUGUCCUGCGAGAAUAUCAGAGCCUUUUUCUGAGGACUGAACUUAAGCCCCGCACCUAUCCAGAUCAGUUUUCAGAGUCUGUCUCUCAUCCAGUCACUGUGGGAGUGUAAUUCUGGGAACCCUGAAGUGAAGCUGUCCCAUGGCUAUUCUGAGACCCAAGUUCAAACACUCAACCAUUUCCCAGAAUGGAACCUAAGUUAUGAUUUUGCAGAGUAUGGCUUCUGAAUAUUGGAGUGUCCAAAUUGCUGCUGCUUAUCAUAUCACCAUUUUCCAGCACUGAAUGUACGAAGGCAUCUGAAUCUUCAUCUUCACGGUCAGAGGACACACCAUAGCACAGCCAGGAGGCCACCCUGACCAAAGGGGAGCACAUGGCCUUGUGGAGGCAUAGGUUCUAAAGCCUUAGGUGAAGGAAGUAGUAGCCACUGCUUCUUUUCCUCCUAUGCUCAAAUCCUAGUUAAAGAAGUUAAAUGCCUCAGGCUGGGACAUCUAGUUGUCCCCAGAAUCCUCAGGACUGUCUGCUCUCUGCCACUACUAUGGAUUCCAAUCAAAGCAGCCUAUCCAGCCAGAGCUCAAGCAGUGAAGAAGAGGAGGAUCCAUGCAACUCACAGGAUGUGUUAGUCCCUCAGAUCCUGCGACGUGUGUUCAUAGAUGACAAGACAGCUAAAUUGGUGCAGUUUUUGCUCCUGAAGUAUCAAACGAAAGAGCUGGUCACCAAGGCAGAAAUGUUGCACAUUGUAGACCACAAUUACCGUGAGGAUUUCCCUCUGAUCUUCAAAGAAGUCUGUGAGUGCAUGUGUCUUGGAUUUGGCAUUGAUGUGAGGAAGGGGAAUUCCCCUGGCCACACAUAUGACCUUGCCCCUCUCUUGGGGCUCACUUAUAAAGGGAUAAUAGGUGAUGACCAGAUUAUUCCCAAAAUCGACCUCCUGAUAGUGAUCUUGACUGUCAUCUUCGUAAAGGGCAACCGUGUCAGUGAGGAGGACAUAAGGGAAGUCCUGAGAAUGAGGGAGAUGUUACCAAAAAGGGACAACUUUCUUACUGCAGACCGGUGGAAAUUCAUCACUGAGGAUUUGGUACUGGAACAGUACCUGGAGUAUCGGCAGGUGCCCGAUAGUGAUCCUGCUCACUAUGAGUUCCUAUGGGGUCCAAGGGCUCACGCUGAAACCAGCAAGAUGAAAGUUCUGGAGCAUUUGGCCAAGGUUAAUAAGAUCAAUCCCAGGUCCUGCCCAAUUCUGUAUGAACAGGCUUUGAGAGAGGAGCUACAGGCUGCCAUGAAUGAGUUAUGGGGUACUGAGAAGGCACUGUGAAUGCUAGGGACAAGGAGUGCUCCACAGCAACAUCACUAGCUUAGCUCCAUCCUCACAUGAAAUAAGGCCAAUUCUCCAACUGUGUUUGUGGAGAGCAGUAAGCUUUAUAAGUAGUGCAGAGCCAGAAGAAGAUGGGAGAAAUAUUUUGCAUACCAUCUUGAUGUCUGUUCUAUUUGGGUUCCUUGGAAAUGCACGUGUGUUUUCUUUAUGAUUUUUUGAAGUCUUGUUCUUUUUCUUCCAAGAUUGACAUAGCUUGCACAUCUUAUUUAAAGAAUGAUACUAAUCACAUGUGUCUUUUUACUUUUGUAAUAUUGAUGCUUGAUUGUGAUUCUUGGUGUGAAAAUGAUUUUGUCUGAUAUUGAUCACACAGGAACUUUGCUCUUCCAUUCCAAAUGUAAGAGUCUUUAUUUUCUGUAAAACCAACAUGGAAACCUUUCAUUUUAUUUGCGAUAUUGAAAAACAUACCAAAGAAUUUGAAUAGGAAUUGCCUUAGAAAUGUGUAAGAAGUUUACAUCAAGUUAGAUGGAAUCCAGAAAAAAAAUGAGGACAAAAAUCAAGUCUCAGAAAAAAAAAAUCAAGUCUCAACUUCUUAUUUCCUUUUCCUUUUUAAUCUAUACUAUUAAAAAUGCAUCUAUACAU